AUGGCAUCGGUGAAGGUGGCCGUGAGGGUUCGACCCUUCAACAAGAGAGAGGUAGCGAUGAACGAGAAGCUGAUCGUACAGAUGAACGGCAAGAGGACGCGGAUCUUCAACACCAAGACACCGGAUAGCUGCAGAGAUAUCGACCGUGGGAAGUACAAAGACUUCACGUUCGAUCACUCCUACUGGUCCUUCGAUUCAAACGACGAAAACUAUGCGUCCCAAGAAGAGGUUUUCUACGAUCUUGGUACGGACGUAAUAGAAAGUGCCUUCGAGGGCUACAAUGCCUGCGUUUUUGCCUAUGGCCAGACAGGAUCCGGGAAGACCUUUACGAUGAUGGGCACGCCGGAAUCUCAGGGAUUGAUACCACGAAUUUGCAAGACGCUUUUCGCUAGAAUGGCAGCAGGAAAGGAAAGUGGGGCGUCAUAUAGAACGGAAGUAUCAUUCCUAGAAAUCUAUAACGAAAGAGUAAGAGAUCUGCUUAGACUGGAUCAAAGCCAAUCUCAUUCGCUGAGGGUACGAGAACAUCCCACGGGAGGGCCUUAUGUCCAAGAUCUAUCAUGUCAUCUCGUCUAUGAUUAUUCGGAUAUUCAGGAAUGCAUGGUGAGAGGUAAUACGCACAGGACCACAGCCAGCACAAAGAUGAACGACGUGAGUAGCAGGAGUCACGCGAUUUUUACGAUAACCUUCGUACAAGCCGGCCUCUCGGAGGGCAACAUGCCAUCGGAAACUGUUUCCAAAGUGCACCUUGUCGACUUGGCUGGAAGUGAACGUGCGAACGCGACUGGAGCGACGGGUCAACGACUCAAGGAAGGCGCGCACAUUAACAAGUCGUUGGUAACUUUAGGCACUGUGAUAUCCACGCUCUCUGAACUCAGUUCUGCCAGCGGUGAUGCGUCCACCACAAAACGAAAUACGUUUAUCCCUUAUCGCGACAGCGUGCUCACGUGGUUGCUGAAAGAUUCCCUGGGCGGCAAUUCCAAGACUAUCAUGAUAGCGACUAUCAGUCCGGCGGAAUGCAAUUACAACGACACUCUCAGCACUCUUAGAUACGCUAAUCGCGCGAAAAACAUUAUUAACAAGCCGACUAUCAACGAAGACGCAAACGUGAAACUCAUCAGAGAGCUCAGAGCGGAGAUAGAAAAAUUGAAGUCUCUUAUUGACAAAAAUAUGAGCGUGGAAAAACCGCCGCAAGUGCUGUUGGCUCAAAUCCAAGAGAAACAAGAACAAGAAAAGGUAUUAACCGAAGAAUGGACUGAAAAGUGGCGAGAAACGCAACAGAUUCUGCAAGAACAAAAAGCGCUGGGGUUACGAAAGAGCGGAGUCGGUGUCGUUCUCGAUUCGGAAAUGCCGCAUCUAGUCGGUAUCGAUGACGAUUUGCUUAGUACCGGCGUUACAUUGUAUCACUUAAAGGAGGGGAAAACACUAGUAGGCACGGAGGAAGCUCCCGUUGUCCAGGAUAUUGUAUUGACCGGUGCGGAUGUGGAACCGGAACAUUGCGCGGUCGAGCUGGAUAGUGGCGUGGCGACGCUGCAUCCACUCUCACCCCAUUGUUGGAUCAAUACUGCCCAGGUGGACAAACCGACACGAUUAUCGCAAGGAUGUAUCAUACUCCUGGGUAGGAACAAUAUGUUCCGCUACAACGAUCCAGCUGAGGCAGCGAAACUCCGCAAGGAAGGCGGCUCGGGUAACGGUAACCUGCAAUCAACGGUUGUCAAUCUAUCGAGGUUGUCGCUCUUAAGUUGGAGUGUCUCCGAUCUGCACGCGUCCUGUUCUAGUGACAAUCUCUUGAAUUCAAGCGAAGACCUCAGAGCGGUCGAGGAGUUGGAACAACAAAAGGCCGCGCUUCUGAAGGAAAAGGAAGACUUUAAAAGGGAACAAGAAGAACGCGAGGAAAGAUGGACUGCUAGAAGGGAAGCGCUAGAAGGAGCCCAACGCGAAUUAGAACGCGAAUGGGGAGCGCAGUGGAAAGAAUGGGCGGAUGCUAUUGCGGUCCUGGAGUCGCGUCAACGCGAGCUGCGCGCGAGACGGCAUGUCCUGGAGCAAGAACGACGGGACGAAAUGACGCAAGUAGAAAGUAUAUGUAGGGAAGUCGCCUAUCUGCGCACAUUAUUGCAGUCCAAGCAUCGACAAUUGCAAGAGCUCGUCAACAGUCAGGAACGUGUACAAACUUGUCAACCUCGGUGGGAAAAGACAGACAACGGUGCCGGUAGUGAUGACAGUCUACCCGAAUCUUGGUCUAGUCUCAACGACGAAAAGUGCAUCGAGAGUGUCAGGGAAUUAGUGAAUCAUCACAAAAAAGAGCUAGCCGCUUUGGAAAACGAGUUGCAGAGCAAGGUGAAGUCUCUAAAUGAACAUCAGAGUAAAGUGGAUAAAAUGGAGGAGGAACUGAUGGAGAUCGCGAAAAGGCAAAAGCAGAUAUUCAAGGCAGAACUGGGAGAUGAAGAAGUAACAGAGAAAAAACUGUUACUGGCCAAGCGGACGCAGGAACAGCUUGAAGAAAUCGAACGGCGUAAACAUAGUUUAUCGUUGGAUUUAAAACGUACUACGCCCGCAUUUCUGGAAGACGGCUGUUCAUCAAAUGAUUGCGACGAGGCUUUCAGCUGUAAUACCACAUCUUUUCAAGAAGUGAACAAUAGGAAACAUCAGAUCGCCUCAGACUUGAAUUUAUUGCCGCAGAGUAUACCGAGCUCCGAUACCGUGGAAACAUUUCACACGGCAGCGGCUGAUUCUCCAGAACUUCGCAUAGCCUUCGAUGUCAACACGACAUGUAUAAACGAUCUGAUGAAGGAUAAAUCAGCAACUGAAGAUCGAAAUGACAGCUCAUCCGAAAUGGAAACUAAAAGCACGACAAAUGCGAAUAAAGCUUCCAUGGAGCUGGUAAGUGACGAAGGAAAGGUACAACCACCCACGGUGUCCACUAUUUCGGAAAACAUGCUCCAAGAUACGUUGGAAUCGCCGAUACAGCAAAAUCCGGCAAUGAAAAGGCUGAAUCAAAGAAUCGCACGUCAACGGAUGAUGGUUAUGAGAUGCUUGGACACCGGUACCCCAUCGAAGGAGGAUCUCAAUCGACAAAUAAUGAUACUACAGGAUCUGCAGAGACAGCAGAUCGAAUUGGAAGUGUUUCUAUUGGAGGAUGAACGUAAAAAUCAUUCCACGAGACGGCUCCAAUGCGACGGUGACAAUAUCCAUAGUGAUAUACUCAUCAACGAGACCGAGGACUAUGUACAGAAUGAACCAAAUGCUUACUGUAGUGUAAUAGAACCUACAAAUAAUAGUUCUGCCACUCUAUUAACGGUAGCGCAAACCAGAUCUCAACUUUUCAGGAAUAACAGGCCUAAUACUAACGAUCAAGAGACUUUGUCAGAAUCGUUAGCGUCUAAAAGAUCCUCCAAUCGGGGUUAUUCAACAGUUUAUUUGACGAGUCAGAAUCGCGGCGACCGUUUGAGUAGUCCGUAUUCUUUGACAAUCACAAGGUCUCUGCCAUCGUUAAUAGCGAACGACAACGACUGCGUGAUUAACAUGAUCGUCAGCGUACCAUCAUAUGUGAUACGCGGAGCCGGGGCAUCCAGCCAUUAUGAAUACGAGGUACGAGUUGUGGCACAGGACGACAGCUGGACACUACUACGUAGAUACAGAAGAUUUCGAGAGUUGUACAUAUCGAUGCGACAGAAAUAUAGUAGUAAGGUCGCUGCGAUACGAUUCCCCCCACGCCAAGUCUUUCCAAAGUAUGAAGUCGUAGCGAGACAACGUCGGAAACGCCUCGAAGAAUAUCUUCGCCGAUUAAUUCAAGUUUGCUCGGAACUGCCGCACUGCGAGCCCCUAUACAAAUACAACGGCAAUCUUAGCAACAUAAACAAACAAUCUUUAUUGGAGUUCAGCCCGUUUUUCAGGCGCGGUAUGUUCGAGAGCGGCAAGUACGGAACUAGCUAAGAUACUAUCGUGCAAUUCUCACCUUUUCGAAUGCCGAAAAAUGAGUGAGAGAAUUGAAUAAGUAAGUGAAAUAUGAUAAAUGUUUAUUAUUUAUGAUAUUUUUGUCAUUUUCUUUUCUAUUUACAAAAAUGCAGUAGCUAUAGCAAAAGAGAUAUUGGAUGAAUUGAGUA